GAAAUAAUGUGACUUCUGCUAAGCCAUUUACAUACCAGAAUGUGAGCUUUGGAAGAUGUAACACUCUACAGUCAUCAUACUUCAUAGAGGCAGUCCUUGCAUAGAUGUCUAGGUCUCCUUUUAACACCCACUUUGCUGUAAAGUUUAACAUAUCCAUCGCAACACAAUACAAAAAAGAAUAUACUGUUGGAAAAGAGAGACUAUCAAAUGGAAACAUCCGAUUCAUGCCAACCAAUUAAAUUUUCUGAUACUCCAUUACCCUUGACGGCACUUUAUAGUUGGCCUGGAUCUGGAAACACUUGGGUGCGCCAUCUAUUACAACAGCUAACAGGAAUAUAUACAGGAUCAAUGUACCAUGACCUUAAGUUGAGAACAACAAGCUUCCCGGGAGAGAGCUACCGCAAUGGCUCUGUAAUUGCGAUAAAGACCCACCAUAAAUACAGUACAUUCAGUGAUAAAGUGAACCUAACGCGUGCGAUUGUAAUCAUUCGACAUCCAUUGGAUGCUCACUUAGCCAAUGAGAAGAGAAUGUUGAUGAAAUCUCACACAGGGGAAGUAAAUGCAACAAUGUUGAACAAGUUAAAAACUAUAAUCCAUAAUGAUAAGCGCAAUGUUUUAAAACUAGAAGACUGGUCAUUAAAGACAUUACGAUGGGUAACAGUACAAAACAUUCCAAUUUUGAUACUCAGUUAUGAGUCAUUAGUGCUUGACUUAAAACCAGAACUGCUACGGAUAUCACAUUUCUUGAAUACUGAUAUCACAGAAAGAUUAUUACAAUGUGUUUUGAGAAAUUCUGAUGGUCUACAUCUCAGGAGAAAACAUACACAGAAAGUGCAUUUUUCAAGAGAUAUCAAAGCGACAGCUGAUGAUAUAUAUACUAAGACCUUAUGGGAAAUUGAACAAUUGUGUUCAGAGAGAACAA